AUGAAUGGUCUUGAUUCCGGACGCGAAUCUAUUUCUGAAUUAACCCCUGUGGUCAACACACAGCCAGAUGGCAAUGAUACCAGCAUAUUAUCUCGCAUACAGCAGGCUCUCGAAAUCGUGCACGGUCCAUACUCAACCAGAGAUUCUAGAAGAGAGGCUUCGGAAUUUUUGGACCAGAUCAAAUCACAUAACGAGGCACCAUGCCAUGGGUUUACCUUAGCGUCCGAUAAGACUCAACAGCCCAUCGUCCGCCACUUCUCUCUAUCACUCAUUGAGCAUGCAAUAAGAUACAGAUGGUUAGAAUAUUCACAAGCAGAAUCUAAGACAUUGCGGGACUGGGUGAUCAAUCUUGCUCAGAAUAUUCAGCAUGAUGAUCAGACAUAUUUACGGAGUAAAAUUGCCCAAUUAUGGAUCGAAGUUGCCAUGAGAAGUUGGGGCACCACUUGGAUGGAUUUAGAUGAAAUACUGUUUAGUUUUUGGGACUCAGCUAGCCUGGUACACAAAGAGUUUGUUCUCUCUACACUCGAAUCUCUUUCAGAAGAGGCUUUCACGAAAGAGGAAGCCACUUGUGUUGUGCGUGGCGAUAUGUUACAAAAGUGUUGUGUCGAAAUAUUCACGCCUGAAAUCGCUCUCAUUGAAGCUUUUUCCAGUCGAGGAAGGCGGACUGUCGUAAGGUUCCGUGACGAAGGCUGGCUCAUACGAAUUGGUGAAUUUCUCGAACAUAUUUUGGAGGGCACUCUCUAUCAAGAUCCACUUGCUCUAAGAUGCUUGAUGAAGUGCCUAUCUAUUUACAAGUCACUUAUGCCGUGGGCUUUAUCUAAAGCUUUGGCUUGCUCCUCAUGUGUCCAUUACCUGAUCAAAACUCUCGCCACACCCAAUAUCAAAAUUCAAAUAGCAUCUAUCGAAGCACUUCAUAGCUGUUUCAACCGCACACAGUUUAGUGAUGAGGAUUUCUUGACAUUGGUCUGCCCAAUACUAACAAGUCAGAAUGUUGAUCUACUCCGUAAACUUUUUGGAUGGUCUGCUGUAGAUCCUCGAGAUAUUGAUGACGAAAAAUAUCUCUUUGCCAAAAAAUUAUCCGAAAUGAUAUCAAAUAUUGGUAAUCUAGUUCAGCAAAAGUUUAGAAUACUUCCGGAAGAAUGCGAUCUACCCAACUUGUUCAACCUUCUUCUCUCUAUAACUCAAAGUCAAAGUUUCUUCAUUUCGAUACCCAUACUACAUACAUGGACUCGAUUAUUACGUUCAGACCAUAUCAGUGAUAUACAGACUUUUGAUUCAGUUAUAGGCCCCUUGCUUGAGCUCGCAAGUUCAAGGCUGAUUCGAUACGAUAUUAUGCCAGAAAACUCCGAAGACCCAUCUAUGAUAUUUCUUCUGGAAGAUGUUGAUACUGUAGCAGAGCGGCAUGCAUUUCUCGGAAAUUAUCGACGAUAUAAUAUUCAGAUAAUUGAACUUAUUGUCCGCCAAAAGCAAUCUGAGGCGAUAUAUCAUCUUUUUAGAAAGGUUGACCAGUCAGUUCAGCAAUUGUUUGAAGCUCAAGCUCCAUUUUGUGUUGAGACGUAUUCCAAAAAUUCCUAUCCAGCUUUACAACUUGACGCUCAGUUCACUAUUAUAGAGGCAACACUAAGAGCUUAUAUGAAAUUGGUAGUAUCCAACAGCUCAAAGUUCCAACAAGGCGAGCAAUCUCGAUCAAACAUGGAAGACUUUAUGGAAGCAUGGUGCGAACGCUUAAUUACCAUGAAUUUUAUGAAGAUUAGUUUCAUGCUAAAAGUUCUUGAACAAAUUCUAAUGAAUAAAGCCGUUGAACAUCAAGGAAACGCUAAGUACACGGAAGCCGUGAAAGAAAUGCAAACAGAUAGCCUAUACGAGCUACAGAGACUAGCUAUUAAUAUGCCAGAUUACUUGCUCGACGUCUACGAGCAACUUGAAGAAAUUAUUAACAAGACAAUCGUAUCGGAAUCCAUAGACUUCAAACGAGAAAUUUCUUUUCGGACUUUCUUAUUUACUAUCAUUCAUCGGAAUACGAAACUAGCCCCUGAAAUUCGCUAUCAAAAGCUCAACACCUUUAUCGAUCCGAUCAAAAAUUCGUGGCAAUGUCGCAGCUUACACCAAGCGCUGAUCUCGUUUGAUAGCUUUUGUGACUAUGUUGGCUUGACCAGGGUGAAGAAAUUCCUUAAUGACAGGAGAGUUCACGAAAUCAAAGACUGGGGCUUAUAUCAGCUGGAUAGUGAAGGCCAUGAUAUACAGCUGGAGUUAGACAAACGAUUGAAGGCUCUUCCGUUACGAGCCACAAAGACUUUCUUGCACUGUGGUACCGACAGGCUGAGCUCAGAUGCCCUUGAGCUUAAAUUUGCCUGCAAGCUAUGGAAAGAUAUCACACCCAUUAUCCUUCCAAGCUUAUUGAGCUUUUUGAGAUAUGCUCACGCUAUCCAGAACCCUAAAAAUUGGAUAGGUCUCUCAUCCGAUAUGACUCCAGCAAUUACACACAUAUUAUCAGAUCGGUUCUGGCAGGCUGGUAUUUCUAGCGGUAGCAAAGAAGAAUUUUAUGCGCGCGUUUCCGAUACUAAAUCUACGCUAGAAGGUCUUGCUUCUACAGUUAGGGGCUCUAUACGUAUUAUUCGAGAGGCUGCUUACGGUAUACUUUACUGUAUAAGCAAAGUCGAUGACAAUUUCUACAGCAUGAGUGACCUUCCAGGACCGCUAGCAGUCUCAUUAUUUGAAGAUGCGCAUUUCUUAUCUUCACAUCAGCUUAUAAACUUACUUCAGGUAGUUCGAGCUAUGAUUGAUGAAUGUCCAGCGGAACACAGAGAGAACUUUGUUCCUAUAAUCCUUUCUUCUUGCUUUACUCAAAUAGAUUUAAAGUGUACAACACAGUGGAAGAAGCUUACUCUUGAACAAAGUUCAUCGACCGUUGGUGAAAACCUCACAGAUGAAAUGAAAGAAGAGAGUCUUCUCCAUGUUUCUAACGAUGAUCUUGAUGCUAAUUCCAAUUCCUUGAACGAAAUUACGAGUCACCCGAAGAGUGUCUCUUGGCCAUCAAUGCGAGAUUUCUGUCUAUCCUCAACGAAGAUUAUCGAACCAGUUCUAAUACUCUUGUCACACGCGAUUACGAUACAUGAUACUCGGAGUUGUGGUAUCGUGUUACGAAUCUUUAGGUCUAUCAUACCAGAGUUUUCAAGGAGUAAACCUAGAGAAAAGGUAACUGACGAUACAGGGUUUCUAUCAUCUAUACGUGAGUUCAUUAGUCGUGAAAUUCUCAUGGCCUGCAUACAGUCUUUAAAUGAACCUUACUUUGUGGAGAUGCAAAAAGAUUUAGCGCAAUGCAUUGUCUCAAUUCUUGUCUGGUACUGUCAAGAAAGUACAACACCACGACAGAUACUUCUCAGUAUUCCUAAUAUUCAGGAAUUGGCUGUUGACCGUUGCCUUCAGCAAAUAAAUCAACCUUCUACGCAACCUAGAACCCAGCGGGAACUGGUUCUAGAGCUUUUUAGUGAGAUUAAAGGUGUGAGGAUUAGCGAACAAGGUCGUAUCAAAUUUCUUGAAACUCCCAUGACAAAAGGAAGGAGCAAAUUGCAACAAGAUUUCACAAGAGAGCAAGCUGGGCAUGGUACAAGAAUAGGAAGCCCUAUACUCGAGGGAUUGACAAGCAUGUUCGAAGAAGGAUAG